CUCGUGGUAGAACCACAUUUCUCAAGGUACUUGCUUGCUUGAUUUGCCGUAAUGGGCGUGUGCAUCGCAUCGACCCCCCUUUCCAUUCCCAACCUAAGGAAACACCAUGGUAGAAUAAAGAUGGGUGUAAUUGUGAAUGGAUGCAAGAACUGGGAAAAGCCUAUGGUAACUACUAUUUAAUUUGUUGGCCGCCUUCCCUGCGGAGUGGUUAAUUCUCUGGCUUGUAGACUGUGGGAUGGUUAGGAUUAAUGGAUUAUGCGCCAUGGCAUAUUGGGGAACAAUCCCCCUCUUUCUCAAGGGGUAGCGCCCAAAAUAGACUCUCUCCUCGAAGAGGUAAAUUACAGAACUCCCCGUAAUGGAGGGAUAUUUUGAGUGUGAUAAUGGUGAAUGGACCACCAUGACCAUUGACCACCAUGCAUGUGGUGUACGAUUGGAGGACUGAGACAUGAGAUAUGUACUGCUUACUGUCAAGUGUUGGGACAUUCUACUGCGGACCAACUCUCAUUGACGCAGUGAAUGAGGAAGAUUAAUGGGAGGAAGUUCCAAAAUGCAGCAAAGGGGAUUGAUCCAGUUGACUCUUCCACUAAGGUAUUGGGAUAGCCGGAGCCCCAUCCCUUUUUGAGGUACCCAAUUCAGAGUCUACUAUCAGCCUAACAUCAAAGAUCCAGCCAUUCUGCCAUGGCCGACACCAGUAACCCACCCAUCCCCUCCUCUUAUCUUCUUCACCCCUCAGAUUCUCUAAGUUUAAUUCUCGUUAAUGGUCUUCUCACAGGUGACAACUAUCCAAAAAGGCAAAAAGCCAUAACCAAAGCGCUCAAUGCCAAGAAUAAACUUGGCUUUGUCGAUGGCACCCUCAUACCCCCUGAAAUCACUAAACCCGAAUAUACUCAGUGGAAUCAAACGAAGGAUAUGGUUCUUACCUGGAUCCUCAACUCCAUCAGCCCUUCCCUCGCCAAUUCCCUCGAAUACCAUACUGAUCCCCGUGCUGUCUGACUCGACCUCUCUUCCCGUUUCUGCCAUGGAAACAAUGCCCGCAUCUACCACCUCAAACGAUCCCUCUCCUCCCUGCACCAAAACACAAACUCUGUUCAUGAUUAUUUCAACCAAAUCAAACAAUUGUGGGAUGAACUUAGCCAUCUUCAAACCGCAACUGACCUCAAAGAUAUGCAACGACAGGCUGAUGAUGAACGGGUUUUCCAAUUUCUCCUUGGGCUCAACGAAUCCUUUGCUCCCCUUCGGACCCAAAUUCUGGCCAUGGAUCCGCUCCCCACCAUCGGAAAAGUCUUCUCCAUUCUGUUUCAAGAAGAGCAACAGAGGCUCCUCAACGUCCAAUCCUCAGUCUCCGAAACAAUGGCCAUGGCUACCCGCACCACUGCUCGCCCACGGCCUCCUCUGAAGUGCACCGCAUGCGGCAAAGACGGCCACACGCGUGACCGUUGUUGGACCCUCAUCGGGUACCCACCAGGCCGAGAGCCACGCACCAACAAAUCGAGGUCGUCCAUCUUAGGGCCACCUCCAUCGACUGCCAACCUUGUUUCUCUCCCUCCACCGUCGACUGUGAACCUGGUUUCUCUUCCUCCCGAGUUGUACCAGAAGCUGCUCACUCUCCUCGCACCACCGACAGCUUCGAUUGACCCAUCUCCCACCCCUUUUGCUGGACUCUCCAUCGAUGAAGCCGAUUGGAGCGGGUAAUUUAUGCAAUGGGCUUUACGUGUACCGCCCCGAACCCACUAUCAUUUUUGCUGCUCAAACCACUGCAAAUAAGACUCUAUGGCAUCAACGUCUAGGUCAUCCUUCCAGUUUUAAUAUUCCCAGUAUUUUUAAUUCUCCUUGUAAUCUUUCUGAAUGUGAUGUUUGUGCUCGUUCUAAACACACGAGAUUACCUUUUUCUUCUUAUGCAAAUAAAAGUGAUUCUCGUUUUAAUCGCAUUUUUUGUGAUAUUUGGGGUGGUUAUCGCACCGCAUCCUUAUGUGGUGCUCAUUAUUUUCUCACUAUUGUUGAUGAUUUUUCUCGCACAACAUGGGUCUAUCUUAUGCGUUUUAAAUCUGAGGCUUACACCCAUUUAAUACAUUUUUUCGCUCUUGUCCAUAAUCAGUUUAACACCACUGUCAAAAUUAUUAGAACUGAUAAUGGACAAGAAUUUCUUUCCCAUCAAUUUCAAGCAUAUCUACACACACACGGUAUCAUUCAUGAACGUACCUGUGUUGAAACUCCCCAACAAAAUGGCGUUGCGGAGCGUAAACACCUGCACCUUCUAAAUGUUGCCCGCAGUCUUCGUUUUCAAGCUCACUUACCUCUAUCUUUUUGGGGUGAUUGUGUCCUCACCGCAACCUAUCUCAUCAACCGCACUCCUAGCCGGACUCUUCAAAAUAAAUCUCCUUUUGAAAUUCUGUUUAAUAAAACUCCCAACUAUGAUCAUCUUCGUGUAUUCGGUUGUCUUUGUUAUGCUCAAACUCUCAGCACUCAUCGCGACAAGUUCUCACCCCGUGCCACUAAAUGUGUCUUUCUUGGCUAUCCUAGCACACAUAAAGCCUACAAGCUCUACAACCUUCAAACUCAAUCCACCUUCUACUCUCGAGAUGUCACCUUCCACGAACAAACUUUCCCUUUCCAAGACCUACAUGAGACUCCAUCUCCUUCCGUUCCCAUUGUUCCUCUUCCCGUCCCUCAACCUAUUAUAUCUCUUGACUCUCCUGUCUCUUCUGAAUCUCUUAACCCUCAUGCUUCUCCUAUUUCUUCUGACUCUCCUGUUCCUCCUGAUUCUUUGUUUCCCAUGCCCUUGCCCAAUUCCUCUCCCUCAGUUUCUCGCCCUUGUCGCACUAUUACUCGACCUGCUUACCUUCACGACUAUAUUUGUCCCACUUUACAUGCAGAGCCCACGGCAUCUACACCUGCUUCGUCGGCUUCAAGUACUGCUCAUCCUUUAUCUGCUUUUCUUUCAUACUCCCGUUUUUCUCCCUCACAUAUUACUUAUUUGAAUGCUCUUACAUCUUGUACUGAACCCUCUUGCUAUACUGAUGCUAUUCGCCACUCCCACUGGCGCGAGGCCAUGACUGUUGAGCUUCGUGCUUUAGAG